ACAACAACAGGGUAAUAAACGAAAAAAACAAAUGCAACAAACUGAUUAUUUGGAUAGUUUCACCAUAAACCAUACUAAUGGUGAAAUUUCUGUAUUGAAACCAUUGGAUUAUGAUUAUCCAAAUGGCCAACCAACAUAUAAAUUGAAUGCCUAUGCACAGAACAUACAAACUAAACAGCAGCUUGGUUUUGCCAAUAUUUUCAUUCAUUUACGUAAUAUCAAUGAUAAUGAACCAUUUUUUCAACAAAAUUUUUAUGAAGCAAAUAUUAUGGAAAAUGGUCCAACAAAUAUGUCAAUCAUACAGAUGAAUGCAAUCGAUUAUGAUGAUUAUUAUGAUCGUGAUCAAAUUUUACAAUACUCAAUAAUCAAUAAUCAUUAUAAUAAUCAUGGUCAAUCAUUAUUUUAUAUUGAUCCAAAUAAUGGUUUAAUAAUGGCCAAUGUUUGUUGUUUUGAUCGUGAACAUCGUGCUAACUAUACAAUCAUUGUUUCAGCUAUGGAUUCAGGUGGUCUAAAGGCGAAUACAACAGUCAAUAUAAACAUAAUGGAUCAAAAUGAUUGUCCACCACGUUUCAUACAGAAUGAAUGGCAUAUUGAAUUGGAUGAAAAUGAUGAUGAUGAUGGUGAUAAUCAAACUGAUCAAUCAUCAACAACAACAACA